AUGACGUCUAUUGCACCCUCAAGAGCCCCAGAAACAGCCAUAUCCUCUGCAGCACCGAAGCGUAACAACCGCACAAACCAUAAUCUCGAGGGUACAUCUACUACAAAGUUAAGCUCCAAAAGGACGUCACAGGAUGAACUAGAACAAAAUGUUAAACUUUCCUUAAGGUUGCUACCACCGGGACUCAAAGAGGACGAGUUUUUAAACCAAUUGGCAAAUAUUUAUCCUCACCAUGCCUCGAAAAUACAGCUUCAUUACUUUGUUCAAGGGUCAUAUCCACUGACGCCAUUUGAAGUUCCCGUUUACAGUAGGGCCUACGUUACUUUCAAGAAUGCCAAAGACUCAUCCGAGUUCUGCUCAUUUGUAAAGAACAAACCUUUCCAUGAUGAGAAGGACUCUAUUAUUCCUAUUGUUGAAAAAGCAGUUUUCCCAAAAAUGAUCACUUCUGAUUACAUUGUUGAUUCAAAGAGAGAGCCACAAAAGGAUAAGAAAUUGGACAAUUUGGAAGACGAUGAGAUUUACAAAAAGUUUCUUUUAUAUUUGGACAAGGGUGUGAAUGAAUUUGAUUUGAAAAAGAUUCAUAAAGCGUUGAACAAGAAACUGAAAGAGAAACCGAAAAAGAAUCAAUCAGCUCUGGUUUCAAAAAGCAGCAAGCGCAAGAAGGUAAGCAAGGAAGAGAAGGAAAAGAAGGAAAAGAAGGAAAAGAAGGAAAACAAAGAAAAAAAGGACAAGGACUUGCAGAAGGGAAAGGAAAAGGGAAAGGGGAAGGGGAAAGGGGAGAAAGAGAAGGGGAAGGAAAAAAAGGCUAAAGAGAAAAAAAUGCAGGACGGUAAGGCCAAGGAGAAAGAGAAUGUUAAAGGUGUUGAUAAUGGUAUAGAAAAAGGGAAGGAGAACCAGGAACAAAAGAAGAAGAAUAGGAAUAGGAAACCACAGGCUCAUGAACCAGGAAGCAAGGUAGCAACUGUUGCAAGCAAUGGCAAGGAUAAUAACAAAAGCAACGAAACAACUCCUGCUUCUAAGCUGGAAAACAACAAGAACGAAGUAUCUGGUGUAUCAAAGUCUCGUCGAAGGCACCGUAAUCGCAAAAAGAGAGGCGAAAAGAAGGAAGGUGAUACACCAAAGGGAGAAAAUAAUGCAUCCACUACACCAAUUGAUUUCAAACCUAUCAAGAUAUUGACUAAAAAAGACUUAUCUGAAAACUAA